AUGCCAUUCUACCUAACAUAUGGUCGAGAUACAAGACAGCCCAUUCAAUCAAAUGAAAGUGUUGGGAAAACUAUGGCUCAAAGAGCGCAGAAUAGGCAAAAACAGCUUCACGAUAGAAAAAUUCAGAAUAUUACUGAAUUUGGAAUAGGAGAAAAACCAAGGUCAAAACUUCAAUCUAUUUUAUCUUUACAACAUCCAAAAAAAAAAAAAUUGGAUAUCCAUGCAAUCAUUAGAGAUAUAACCUCUCCUGUCCCUUCUGGUGUUCUUGUAACUCCACCUUCAUUUGUAGUGCUACCUCCAUUUGCGGAGACCCAUGAUCUCGUAGAAAGCGUGGAUGUGACUCAUACGGCCUUGCUGCGGGCCAUUCGAUCUCCAACAAUUGGUCCUCUAAUAUUCAUGGAACUCACAUUUUAA